AUGGCCGACACCUGCGCCGGGGACAGCGCUGCAACCUGCUCACCUCCGACACGCCUUUUCUCCAUGGACAGCAAAUUCUUCUACUACUGCGUACUCCAGGCGCUGAUCUUCAUUCCGCUCGCACGCUUCCUUUAUCCCCUGCUGUGGCGGACAGCCGGCUCCUUCCUCGGCUGGUACCUGCGCAAAAAGACCGAGGGGCGCCGAUGUCAUAUUCUCGAACUUGUCGAAUCGGACGAAAAGGAAUACCGCGAGAGUAGGAAGAACAACACCAGCACGAGCGGUGAAAACGGGGAGGACGGUGAAUGGGAGAAGGUGGACGCCCACACAACCGGGACGUCUAAGAACGGCGAUAAGGGUAGCGGCGAUGACGACUGGGAUGGCAUUGUGGGCUUCUUUCAUCCGUUCUGCAAUGCCGGGGGCGGCGGAGAGAGGGUCCUCUGGGCCGCCAUUCGAGCAACACAGAAGCGUUGGCCCAAAGCCAAGUGUAUCGUAUACACCGGCGACCACGGCGUAUCCAAGGACGACAUCCUUGCCCGCGUAAAGAACCGCUUCAACAUCCACCUCCACCCUCCCACCGUUAACUUCCUCUACCUCUCAACCCGCCAUUGGGUCCUCGCCUCCACCUGGCCGCGCUUCACCCUCGCCGGCCAAUCCUUCGGCUCGAUCAUUCUCGCCUGGGACGCCUUCUCGCUGCUGGUACCCGACAUCUUCGUUGACACGAUGGGCUACGCCUUCGCGCUGGGGCUAUCCAAGUUUCUCUUCGGCAGCGCCGUACCCACGGGCGCCUACGUCCACUACCCGACCAUCUCCACCGACAUGCUCGACUCGCUCAACCCGGCGAGAGCAGGCGGCGCCGCGCCGCAGGGCGUCAACGCGGGGCAAGGGGUCGGGAUACGCGGCGCGCUGAAGAUGAUGUACUGGCAAACCUUCGCGCGCGUCUACUCCCGCGUAGGCGCCUCCGCCGACGUCGUCAUGACCAACUCGACCUGGACCCAAGGGCACAUCAAGCAGCUGUGGGGCCCUCUGCGCGCCAAAAAACAGGCCGCCGCUGCCGCCACCACCACCACCGACACGGACAUCGCCGUCGUAUACCCGCCCGUGGCCGUGCGCGAGCUAGAGCACGAGGUCGAGGUCAGCCGGGCGAGCGAAGCGCAGCGCGAGAAAGUGCUACUAUACAUCGCGCAGUUCCGGCCCGAGAAGAACCACACGCUGAUCCUGCAGGCGUUCGCCGACUUUCUCAAGUCGGGCAGCGCGGCGGCGGCGGCGCGCGGCGCCCGCCUGGUGCUGGUCGGCAGCGUGCGCGACGACCAGGACUCCAAGCGCGUCUACCAGCUACGCCUGCUCGCCAACGAACUGCAGGUCCGCGACCGGGUCGAGUUCCAUCUGGAUGCCUCGUGGCCCGAGAUUUUGGACUGGCUGCGCCGCGCGUCGGUCGGGGUGAAUGGCAUGUGGAAUGAGCACUUUGGGAUUGGCGUCGUGGAGUACCAGGCGGCGGGGCUGGUGGCCGUGGUGCAUGAUAGUGGUGGGCCGAAGCUGGAUAUUGUGGUGGAUGUGGAAGGGGAGCCGACUGGUAAGUUUUUGCGGUGUCUUUGUUUGCGAUGGAAGGGGGAGUUCGUUGCUAACGUUGUUGAUCAGGUUUCCAUGCGACGACUACGGCCGAGUUCGCGGACGGGUUCGAGAAGGCUUUGA